AUGCCGCCAAGAAGAAUACCGGCAAUAACAGAUAGACCUAGAAGAAGUCGAACUGGGUCUGAAAAUGAAACAAAUCCUCCGCCAACAACUGAACUUGAUCCUAAUGUGAUGGCAGCUGUCCAACAAACAGUUACCGAUAUGCUACCAGGUAUUAUAGCACAGACGGUGGAAGCAUUGCGUCAAACUGGUGAAAAUCUGAAUCCUAAUACUAGGAACUAUGGGCCAGAACGCAGACAUCAGGGAACUAGUAAUGAACUUGCUGAUACUCGUCAAUGGUUAGAGAAGUUUCAUAAACAAAAGCCUCGUACUUUUACUUCAGCAGCCACUCCUGUUGACGCCGAAGAUUGGAUAUCACAUCUUGAAAAGGUAUUCCGAGUCUUGGGUUGUUCUGAUAGAAUUCGAGUGGAACUAGCUACUUAUAAACUUGAAGGUGAUGCUAAUCGUUGGUGGAAAGCUUGGAAACAAUCUUACGGAGGGGAUAUAGCUAUUGAAAAUUUAACUUGGCCGGGAUUCAAAGAUGUUUUCUAUCAGCAAUACUUUACUGCAGCAGACAAAGAGGCGUAUGUUCAAGAGUACGCUACACUCAAACAGAAAGAAGACGAAUCCAUAUCCAAAUACGUAGCCAGAUUUCUACGAUUGGCUAGUUUUGCGGGUAGUAUGGCUAGUACGGUAGAAAACCAGGUUAAUAAGUUCAAAUGGACUCUCAACAGCAAAUUCAGACCCAAACUUAUCAAUCAACAGUUCACGAGCAUUGCCCAGGUUGUUGAUGCUGCAAGGAACAUUGAAAGGGAACGACUGGACUCUAUACUUUCUCAAGGUGAUAGUGGUACGAAACGGAAUAGAGAUGUGUUUCAAGGAAAUUCUACUAGGCGAAGAACCAAUCAGACAGGACAGUGGAAACAACCAAAUUAUAGACCUCCAAUGGCAUUUCAAGGAACUUCUAAUAAAGGUUUUUCGAAUACAAAUUCUCUGUUACGGUGCAAAGAUUGUGGUUUUAGACAUCAUCCUGGCCCAUGUAUUCGAAUGACCGGCGCCUAUUAUAAUUGUGGUCAACGAGGUCAUAUAGCUCGUGAUUGUAAACAAGGGCCGAAAGAUAAUUCUAAAGAUAAAGAGAAGCAAUCUACUGCUGGUGGUCGAGUGUUUACACUAUCUGCUGACAAGUCUACUGCGGGUAUGGUUUCUGGUACCCUUUCUAUUGACAGUAGAGAUGCAUAUGUUUUAUUUGAUACAAGUGCUACACACUCGAUUGUUUCUGAAAACUUCGAAGAAAAUCUUAAAUCAUAUGAACAAUCCACUGAAUUUCCAUUACAUAUUACUACUCCUAUGGGUAGUUCAGUAUGUAUAUUUGGUCAAUUCUCAAAUUGUCCGUUAAUUAUUGGCGAUCGAAUUCGGGAAGUUACCUUACUUCCAAUGAAAAUGGAUCACUUCGAUAUCAUCCUUGGCAUGGAUUGGUUGUCUAAACAUCGAGUGACCAUCGACUGCAAACCCAAACAAAUCAUCUUUGGUGACGUCAAUGAACCCGAAUAUGUGUUCCAAGGUGUUUCACCUGAGAAAGGAACUCGUGUUAUCUCAGAAGUAAAUGUUAAAGCAAUGGUAUGGCAAGGAUGUGAAGGAUUUUUAGCUUCACUACAAGAUCCCGAAGAGGUAUGCCUUAAACUUGAAGAUGUUCCUGUUGUUAAUCAAUUUGAAGAUGUCUUUCUAGAUGAACUUCCAGGAGUUCCUACGGAAAGGGAAAUUGAAUUUACAAUUGAUCUUGUUCCGGGAGCUGCACCUAUCUCAAAGGCUCCGUAUCGUAUGGCUCCGACCGAAAUGAAAGAACUUAAGGAAGAACUUGAAGAUCUUUCUAAUCGGGGUUUCAUUAUAUCCAGUGUAUCUCCGUGGGUGCACCAGUCCUAUUCGUUAAGAAGAAAGAUGGAUCGAUGCGAUUGUGUAUUGACUAUCGGGAACUAA